AUGAGCACUACCGAAGAAGGCGCAUCGCUCGUCCAGGCAGAGCCUGCAGAUGCCGAUGCAUCUGCCAAUGCCAACAAGUCGUCCAUGAAUGAUGCUGAUGCAAAGCUCGUCGACACAGCUUCCAACGGCGUCUCUCCCACGCCUCCUCCGGUCCGCGCAUCGCCAGUUCCUCCUCAGAUCCCUUCUGAUAGCAGCCCUGGCUCUCCUCUGAUGGGUUCCAUAUCGCCUCAAAUCCAGACUGUCUCUCACAGAGAUCCCAAGGCUGCUGCCGCCGCAGCAAGCGACAUGAAGAACAUUGUGCGCAGGAAGUUGACCGGUUUCGUUGGAUUCGCCAAUUUGCCAAACCAAUGGCACCGCAAGAGUGUCAGAAAAGGUUUCAGCUUCAAUGUCAUGGUUGUCGGUACGUGUGAACAUGAGCACUUUGGUGCAUGUAUGCGGCUUCUGACAUCAACACACANNGGUGAAUCCGGUCUCGGAAAGUCGACCCUCGUCAACACACUGUUCAACACCUCUCUCUACCCGCCCAAGGAGCAGAAACAACCCAGCCUCGAUUUCGCUCCGACCACUGUCGCCAUCCAAUCUAUCAGUGCAGACAUUGAGGAGAACGGUGUACGCCUGAGACUCAAUGUUAUCGACACUCCCGGCUUUGGUGACUUUGUCAACAACAACGAGUCCUGGCGCCCCAUCGUCGAGAACAUCGAGCAGCGCUUUGAUGCCUAUCUCGAUGCUGAGAACAAGGUCAACCGCAUGAACAUUAUCGACAACCGUAUCCAUGCCUGCGUGUACUUCAUUCAGCCCACUGGUCACUCGCUCAAGCCUCUCGACAUUGAGGUCAUGCGUAGACUGCACACCAAGGUCAACCUGAUCCCCGUCAUCGCCAAGGCCGAUACGCUUACAGACGAGGAGGUGAUCUCCUUCAAGCAAAGAGGCAUUCAGAUCUUCGAGGGCCCUCGUUACGAGCUGGACGACGAAGAGACGAUUGCCGAGAACCAGGAGAUCAUGUCAAAGGUUCCUUUCGCCGUUGUUGGUGCCAACACUGAGGUCAGCACCNCCGAAGGUCGCAAGGUGCGUGGCCGCAAGUACCCUUGGGGUAUCAUCGAGGUCGACAACGAGGAUCACUGCGACUUCGCCAAGCUCCGCCAAAUGCUCAUCCGAACACACAUGGAAGAGCUCAAGGAACACACCAACAACACGCUCUACGAGAACUACCGUUCCGACAAGCUCGAGUCUAUGGGCAUGCAGCAAGACCCUUCUGUCUUCAAGGAGAUCAACCCUGCAGCCAAGCAGGAGGAGGAGCGCUCGCUGCACGAGCAGAAGCUGGAGAAGAUGGAGCGCGAGAUGAAGAUGGUCUUCCAACAAAAGGUCCAAGAGAAGGAAAGCAAGCUCAAGCAAAGCGAAGAGGAGCUGUAUGCCCGUCAUCGCGAGAUGAAGGAGCAACUGGACAGGCAGAAGAACGAGCUCGAGGAGAAGAAGGGACGCAUCGAAACAGGCCGACCAGUCGAAGAGAAGGGCAAGAGAAAGGGUUUCUCAAUCCGCGGCUAA